UUUGAAAGGUUUUGUGUUACCUGUUUCACAGUGAAAAUAGGCUUUUAUGUCUUUUUUGGGACCCGGUCACGUGGAAAUAUGACUACAGUACUUCAGCCCUCUACAGGCCUCUAUACCCUGUUGCUAGGUCAGGGGUUUACACAAUGGGUCUAACAGAUUCUUUGGAUUAGGUCAGGUAUAAAAGUAAGGGUUACCACAGACAGGACAUCAGUGCAGCAGUAGCAGCAGCAACAGCAGCAACUCAGUGACCAACAAUGACCACCACCGGCAUGAACAUGGGAAGAGCCACCUUCUACGAGGACAGAAACUUCCAGGGCCGCUCUUAUGAGUGCAGCUCCGACUGCCCUGACAUUUCCUCCUACAUGAGCAGGUGCCAAUCCUGCAGGGUCCAGAGUGGAUGCUUCAUGGUGUACGAGCGCCCCAACUACAUGGGAAACCAGUACUUCAUGAAGAGGGGAGAGUACUCUGACUACCAGAGUAUGAUGGGAAUGAGCGAUGGUAUCAGGUCCUGCCGCAUGAUCCCCAUGCACCGUGGAAACUACAGGAUGAGGAUCUACGAGAGGGAGAACUUCGGAGGUCAGAUGCACGAGAUGAUGGACGACUGUGACUCCAUCCAGGAGCGUUACCGUAUGUCAGACUGCCAGUCCUGCAACGUGAUGGACGGCCACUGGCUGAUGUACGAGCAGCCCCACUUCAGAGGCAGGCAGAUGUACAUGAGGCCUGGAGAGUACAGGAGCUUCAGAGAUAUGGGCAUGAGUGGCAUGAAGUUUAUGAGCAUAAGGCGUAUCACUGAUAUGUGUUAGAUAUCUCAUAUUGACCAAAUAAAAGUGAUUAGUAAUCUGAAA